GGAAUCGUAGGAUCGUUGUGUGGAUACGGAUCAGUCAUUCUCUCUGCGAGGACUGCGAGGAGUAGCGAGUACUUAGCUGCUACCGACUGAGCAGUUGCAGUACUAGUCGCUUCUUUCUCUCACACAUCAGAAGGAAGUAUGUUUUUGCGUACAAUCUACCCGAGCCAUGUCGGAUGCUUUUGAGGAAAUACAAGCGAUCAAGAUAAAGAGAAACAGCUAUCGUGAGAAAUUACAGAAGAGAAAACGCGAGAGGCAUGAAUUGUACACGCUCACUUCUACGCCGGUUUCAUCCGCCCUGACGGCGGAGUCGGCGUGUCCUGAUUCCAAUGCAUCUUCACGCUCGGAUCAUAGCGAAUAUGAGAGAGAUGUACUUUGCAUCUUGCACGACUCCCUGCCUAGUCUACCGAUAACAUCUGCAGACUUGAUAGACCAGCUGCGUAAGAAUCUCAAUGCCGACAUAUCCUCUUCGGACAUCCAUAAGAUUCUGGAAAAGCUGGCUGCGCAAGAUAUAAUUAAAAUCAAAGAAGUCACGGAGAAUGGAGUGUUUGGAUAUACAGUGUUGUCGGUGACAGAGUCUCAAUCGUCAUGUCAGUCCCAGUCCGAUGACACGGAGAAUGCGGAGAGCAUAGAAAUGUCCGAAUUAAAUGAUCACGUGCCUCCGGAGAAACAGGCAAAAGUGGACAAAAAGAACACCGAGGACAUUAUGUCUUUGAUUUCAAUGCCGACUAUCAGAGAGAAGGAGAGCAAGAAGGUCGGCGAACAGAUUCUAGACUUACUGUCGAAACAGACUUCCAAGGAGAAGUCGCUGGCGGAACGAUUUCGUUCUCAGGGAGGUGCUCAAGUCAUGGAGUUCUGUCCACAUGGUACGAAAGUAGACUGUAUGAAAUUGAACGGCGGUCCGGGAUUCGCGGAGAAAUGUAAAAAGCUGCAUUUUAAGAAGAUCAUCCAGAGUCACACAGACGAAUCUUUGGGGGACUGUAGUUUUCUCAAUACCUGCUUCCACAUGGACACGUGCAAAUAUGUUCACUAUGAAGUAGACGGUCCUACAGCACAACCGAAAGAGAUCAACGAUUCCGAUAGUCCGAGCAAUACCGCGUCCAACAAGACGUUGAACUUAGAUAGCAAAAACGGCAGCAGUAGCAGUAGCAACGUAGGUAGCGAAUUGACUCUGUAUCCACCGCAGUGGAUCCAGUGUGACUUGCGUUACCUUGACAUGACUGUUCUCGGCAAGUUUGCCGUGAUCAUGGCCGAUCCACCGUGGGACAUUCAUAUGGAGUUACCGUACGGUACCAUGUCGGACGAUGAGAUGAGGCAAUUGGGCAUUCCUGCCCUCCAGGAUGAAGGACUCUUGUUUCUCUGGGUGACCGGCAGAGCUAUGGAGCUGGGGAGGGAAUGUCUGCAGCUAUGGGGCUACGAGAGGGUCGACGAGAUUAUUUGGGUGAAAACUAAUCAGCUGCAAAGGAUAAUACGUACUGGUAGGACGGGCCAUUGGCUGAACCACGGCAAGGAACAUUGUUUGGUCGGCAUGAAGGGCAACCCUCGCAUCAAUCGAGGAUUGGACAGUGACGUGAUCGUCGCCGAGGUUCGUGCCACUAGCCACAAACCUGACGAGAUCUAUGGCAUCAUCGAGCGCAUGAGCCCCGGCACCAGAAAGAUCGAAUUGUUCGGUCGGCCGCAUAAUGUACAGCCCAACUGGAUUACGCUGGGCAACCAAGUUGAUGGUGUUCAUCUGAUUGAUCCGCAACUUAUUAAAGCCUUCAAGAAACGUUAUCCCGACGGAAACUCGAUGAAGCCUACUAAAUCAUAAGAUUAUCCUUGUCUAAUAAAGGAUUGAAUAGAGAAUAAUGAUUGAAUUUUCGAAGAAUUCAAAAAUUAAGUCUUAUUAUUGAAAAAAAUUUUGAUUGUUUUUUAAAAAGGUUGCAUCUCGCCUAUUCACAAUAUACCGAAUUGAAUAGACCAACUUUCAAACACAAUUGUUACAUUAUCAAGUACAAUGUUUGAAUUUGAACUAAAUAAUCCUUGUUACCUUUUUUUUUUAUUUUUCAAAAAAUUUAUAAAUUGUGUUAUCAAAAUCUUCCUAAAUAGGUGUAACAUCUAUCGAUAUAAAUUAAAGCCACUUCAUAUUUUAUUAGUUUAUUGCAAAAAAUGUGUAUAUAAAUUCCAUUUACCAUUUAAAUAUAUACUAAUACAAAAUGAACGCAUAUAACUAUUGAUAUAAAAGACUGACUUCCCGUGAAUAUUUUGAGAGAUAGAUGAUAACGUUUGUACAUAUAUAUUACAUUAUUUUUAGGCCAUGCUUUUUCCAGCAUGUAUGUAUACACACACGUGUAAGUUGCUCUUAAUAAAAUUAAUUAUCGGAGAAUAUCAAUGUGGAUUAAAUUCUUGGAGAGCUAAGAUCAACUUUUAUGAUAUAAAUCAAUAAAUUUUAGCACGAGGUCAUUGCAGACCUCGUAAAUGUAAUGUGUUAACUGCUUCAUUUAAAUAUAAACAUAAAUAAAUCGAAUCUUUCUAAAUUUAUAUCUCUG